AUGAAUAAAAUAGAUGAGGAGGAGAUCGAAGCCUGCCCAGUGUGCGAUGUUGCUCUUGGGAUCACUCCUGAAGAGAAACUCCGGGCUGAUAUAAGUAUUCAGGCUAUCAGAAAUUAUUUGUUUCCAUCUAAGGCAGAAGUAGAUGCUUUUGAGGCUCCAACUAUUACAUUGCCAGCGAAGAGAAAAGAGAGGUCCAUUUCUUCCUUGGUUGAAACCCCAAAGAUGGCAACACAAACUACUCUGACAGGACGGAGAACCAAAGUUGCAAGAAGGACUAUCACAUCCCAGACGUUUUCUCUCAGUAAAUUGCCAAAUAAAUCUGAAGACCGCGAUCAGAUGGCUGAGAAGGCCUCGGCACUAAAAUCUACCAAGAUGACAACAUCUGCAAAUAAAAAACAGAACACUGUAGAUAUUUCUGAAGAUGGAAAGAAUCGCGGGACGAUUGACAAGGAAGAGCUUGAGAAGCCCUUACGGAGUCUAGUCGUGGCAAGCGCGAAGAAAUCGCAGAAUCCAAGUUCUUGUUCCAAGGAAAGUUCAGAAGCCCUUACGGAGUUACGGAGUUUAGUCGUGGCAAGCGCGAAGAAAUCGCAGAAUCCAAGUUCUUGUCCCAAGGAAAGUAAAACAACCACAGAGCAUACUCCGAGGGAAAGCCCAGAAGCAGACUCGCAUGAUGGAAUAACAACCCAAGUCUGGUUUUCACUAGUCACUUCACCGAACCAGGUAGAAGCUAAACUGUUGCCUCAGCUAGAAAAGAAUUUCUACAGAAUCAAAGAUGGAACUAUGCGGGUAUCCUCCAUCCUGAGGCUGAUUAUGAAAAAACUUGAGCUAGCAAGUGACGAUAAGGUGGAGAUCUUAUGCCACGACGAGUCGGUGUGCCCCUCGACGACGCUGCACGGCCUACUCGAGCGGUGGCUGAGCUGCAAGCCGAAGGACGAGGUCCUGAGGCCGGUGGGUGCUCCGGCGAAUGAGUUUGUGAUGGAGCUGCGCUACCGCCGGUGCCCGGGGUCCAGGCCCCUUUGCUGCACGACGAAGAUAGCGUCCCUCCCCUGCCAUUGCAGCACCUAG